AUGGUGGCUCAGAUAUUCACCACGGCCGAUGUGGCCUCCCACAACAAACCCGAUAACCUCUACACCAUCGUCGACGGUGACGUCUAUGACCUGACCACCUUCCAGGAAGAUCACCCGGGAGGUAAGAAGAUCCUCCAGCGCGUCGCAGGCAAGGACGCCUCCAAACAGUUCUGGAAGUACCACAACGACAGCAUCCUCAACAAGUACAAGGGCAGGCUGCAGGUCGGAUCCCUCGAUACCAAGCCCAAGCCUGCCGUCGAGGUUGCCGCCAAGCCAGCCAAGCCUGCUACUACUACUACUGCUGCUGGUGCUGGUGCUGGUGCUGCACCGGAGCUGCGGCUCAGGACCCUUUCGGUGCGCGAGUGGGUGGAGAACGACCUGGAGCCGAACGUUACCGAGUGGGACGAGGCCAAGCGCGUCCCCGAGGAGAUAUACAAGGAGAUGGGCCGGCGGGGCUACCUGGCCGGCCUGCUGGGCGUCAAGUUCCCCGAGGAGUACGCGGCCGCGACGGUCAGGUCGGUCGACCCCAAGGACUGGGACCAGUUCCACGAGAUGCUCCUGACGGACGAGCUGGCGCGCACCGGGUCCGGGGGCUUCGUGUGGAACCUCAUCGGCGGCUUCGGCAUCGGGUGCCCUCCCGUCGUCAAGUUCGGCUCCGAGGCCCUCAAGGCCCGCAUCCUGCCCGGCAUCCUGGCCGGCGACAAGCGCAUCUGCCUGGCCAUCACCGAACCCGACGCCGGCAGCGACGUCGCCAACCUGACGUGCGAGGCCAAGCUGAGCGACGACGGGAAGCACUUCAUCGUCAACGGCGAGAAGAAGUGGAUCACCAACGGCAUCUGGUCCGACUACUUCACCACCGCCGUCCGCACCGGCGGCGAGGGCAUGAACGGCGUCAGCCUGCUGCUCAUCGAGCGCACGCAGGGCGUCACCACCCGUCGCAUGGACUGCCAGGGCGUCUGGUCCAGCGGGACUACCUACAUCACUUUUGAGGAUGUCAAGGUUCCCGUCGAGAAUCUUCUUGGCAAGAAGAAUCAAGGGUUCCGAGUCAUCAUGUCCAACUUCAACCACGAGCGCAUCGGCAUCAUCAUCCAGUGCAUCCGCUUCUCGCGCGUCUGCUACGAAGAGUCGGUCAGGUACGCCAACAAGCGCCGCACGUUCGGCAAGAAGCUCAUCGACCACCCCGUCAUCCGCAUGAAGCUGGCCCACAUGGCCCGCCAGAUCGAGGCCUCGUACAACUGGCUGGAGAACCUGAUCUUCCAGGCUGAGAACAUGAGCGACACCCAGGCCAUGCUGCAGCUGGGCGGUCCCAUUGCCGGGCUCAAGGCUCAAUCCACCGUCACCUUUGAGUUCUGCGCCCGCGAGGCCAGCCAGAUCUUUGGCGGCCUGAGCUACUCGCGCGGAGGUCAGGGGGCCAAGAUCGAGAGGCUGUACCGCGACGUCAGGGCCUAUGCCAUCCCCGGCGGGAGUGAGGAGAUCAUGCUGGAUCUGAGCAUGAGGCAGAGUCUCAAGGUGGCCAAGGCGACGGGGAUGAAGUUGUAG